GUCAUAUCAGCCGUCAGGAAAGAAGGAAGACGAGGCUGAGAGAGAACAGAGACAGAGGUGCUACACAAAAACUCUGGCUUUCUAUCAAACUGGCAUUCCUCAGCUCUACAGUUCAUUAUUAUUGCGUAUUUUCUCAUGUGCGUGUAAAACAUGGAGCUUUGCAGCGACUGUUCGGAAUUCAGCGCGUUAUAACGGUCACAGCAGCGCUUAUGUGGGAGUCUGACAUCUUUACAGAGCCAUCUUUAUACAGACAAAAGAGGAGUUGAGAAUCACAGCAACACCGCUGAGGUUCUAGUCUUCAGUCUAUGGGAAAAGUGGGAAGGAUGUGGAGCAACCUUAGAAGCAGAUGUCAAACACUGUUCCACACGAAUGGCUCAGAGGCUAGUCUAUGCAAUCCGGACAUGGAUCGUGUUCACUGUGUGGUGGACCUGGGAGCACCCUCUCAGGGAGUACACAUAGGUGAGUCCCAGAUUGAUCGGGGCUCUGUGUCUUUGCAGGUUCCUCUGAGAGGAGGGGGGUACCGGGGCCACAACUGUGUGGCAGAUAUUCCCCAGAUUGUGGAGAUCACGUUGGACAAAGAGAACGAUGAUUUAAGGAGGAUCCCGCUUCUACGUAGAGAUUCAUAUUCCCGACACGCUCCCUGGGGAGGUAAAAAGAAGCACUCUUGCUCCACUAAGACACAGAGUUCUUUGGAGGCUGACAGACGGACAGCACGCUCAAGAGGAGGUCUGAGCAGACGGGAACGGUGCUUCGGAUCCAGCUCUAUCCAGGAGGUUUGUGAUUCUGGAGGAGGCAGCGGUGGACAAAGCGUAAGCACUUCCUCCGUUAGGCAGCGCCUAAAGGACACAGUAGGGUUAUGCCUACCGCUGUCAAUGGCCCGUCGCCCUCGUUUGGCGAAGAGCCAGGUUUCCUCCAAGCGCAAGAUCCACAUAACAGAACUGAUGCUGGAAACCUGCCCGUUCCCACCAGGCUCCGAUCUAGCCAACAAGUGGCAUCUUAUUAAGCAGCACACAGCACCGGUCAGCCCGCAUUCCUCCUCUGCAUUGCUGGACGCUUUCGAUGCAGCACAUCCCUCCCCGGAAGACGAAGAGGAGAGGCUCCGCGAGCGGCGCCGACUCAGCAUAGAGGAAGGCGUGGACCCUCCUCCGAACGCACGGAUUCACACACUGGAAGCUAGCACACAAAGAUCUAGCCUUUUUAAACUGGGACCAAAGACGGCCCCCUGUUCUGGAGAAGAACCCGGGGGAGUCAAGAGCUCAGGUGCUGCUGGGACAUCAGCUUUGCCUGGAAUCAUGGCACAGGUUGGGGCGAGUAUGGGAAUUCCAUCUCAGCCUGUUGACUGUGACUCUGAGGAGGACUCAACCACUCUGUGCUUACAGGCACGGAGGCCUAGACAAAGACAUGCGUCUGGUGACGGGCAUACCUCCAGGCAACCGGGACCCUGGAAGGUUCACACACAGAUAGACUUCAUCCAUUGCUUGGUGCCCGAUCUACUGGCCAUCACAGCGCUUCCCUGCUACUGGGGCGUGAUGGAUCGCUACCAGGCGGAGGCACUGUUAGAUGGCCGUCCAGAAGGCACCUUCCUGCUGCGCGACUCCGCCCAGGAGGACUACUUAUUUUCCGUCAGCUUUCGCCGUUACAAUCGAUCGUUGCACGCCCGCAUAGAACAGUGGAACCAUAACUUUAGCUUCGAUGCGCACGACCCCUGCGUCUUCCACUCCUCCACAGUAACGGGAUUGCUCGAGCACUAUAAAGAUCCUAGCGCGUGUAUGUUUUUCGAGCCGUUACUCACGGCUCCCUUGCACAGGACAUUUCCUUUCAGCCUGCAGCAUCUGGCACGUGCAGCCAUCUGCACACAGACCACCUACGACGGCAUCGGUGCCCUGCCACUGCCACCAGCCAUGCAGGACUUUCUCAAAGAGUAUCACUACAAACAGAAAGUGCGUGUUCGCUGGCUAGAGAGGGAACCACCGUUCAAAGUCAAAUGAGUCCCGGGGCCUGGCUCUGUGCCUGGAAGAGACGGGGGCUGUGAAGGCGACAGACUCAGCUUACAGGAAUGUCUUUAGGCUUCUAACGUGUAUUCAAUUUUUAUAGUUAACACUUUCUCCACAUGGAAUACAAGCUCUUAAUAAGCAGUGUACGCUAACCGCCAAGCAUGGUUAUUUGUUGAGCUCAAUUCAGUAGGAAUAGUCUCUUCCUCUUCGCUCAGAUUCUACUUCAGCCUGCCUGCUAAAUUGCUAAACAAAACCUGUAUGCUGUCUCCAUUAUAACCAUAUUUGGUCGUAAAUGUACUGAAAUGAUAAACAGCUUAAACUUGUAUUAAACCUAGCCAUGCAGGGUUCAAUUAUUCAUUAUGUCAUAGCAAACUUACCAGCAAUAACUUACUAUUUAUUAACCAUAGCUUUUUGGGUGGCAGUUGUUUUUGAGGCAGAGUUUUUUUCAAAACACUGGACUGCCAAUUGCUGCCAUAGUUAAAGCACUAAUGUAAUACAUAAAAGAGAGGAAAUUACCUUAAAUUAAUUAGGCUGCAUUCACACCAUAUGUGGCAAAACCGCUUUCGUGCUGGCUGUGCUAUUGUUUCCUAUGGAGUCAGUAAUUCAGCAUUGACUGUUACCCUUCUGCUGCUGUUUUGAGCAUCGCGCACCACACACAUUUGCCACUUUGAUGCCUGGUGUUUACAGCUUGUCGCUGCAUUCCCAACAUUGAGUCAGAUUAAUUUUUGACCCAGUUUACCGCUGACUAUUUCAAAGCGCUGCCAAUCAGACACAUUUUUUAUAUAACGUUGAGAGGAACAACACACAGACCUGGCUCUGAUGGUUUUACAAAACCCUGAACUGUUGGAUCCAACCUUUCAAUUUUUAGUAUGAUGAUGUGAGCAAAAAAAGCUUUUUUUUUAUCCUGGAGUCGCUUGUUGUGGCUUCGUAGACCCUAGAUUAACCAAUCAAUACAUAUGUAUAAACCCAUUUUAAUCUUUCUAUUUUUUUUUAAUCUUCUUACGUUUCCAAAAACGAGCAUUGCAGCUUUCUAGUAUAACUAAAAUACAUUUCAUACAAAACUGCAUCUGAACAAACUGUCAGCAGUGCCGUCAGCAGUGGUUAUUAUUUCUAGCUUGGUGCCCAGUGGCACAGCCAGCGAAAAAAACCACUUUUGCCUCGUAUCAUGUGAAAGGCUUAAGCGCUGCAAUAAGCAUCAAAUUUCAUCAGCCUUGCAUUAACGUAAACAAAGCGCAAAACAUCAUGUAUCAUGUAAAAGCCGCUAUGAGCAACGUUUCAUGUUACCAGCUACAAAUACAAAUACACAGACGUUAAUGUGCCGUAGAGGCCUAGUCUACACUAACAAGGGUCAGAUAUUUACCAGUUUACCGAUAACCGACAAAUAAGUCAUUGUUUGAUUCAUGCUGUCAGCUGUGUAUAGACACAUUUUGAGUUUUUAGCCAGAUUUUUUUAUGCUUUUAUAUUGUUAAAAUAAUGAACAACAAAACUAUAACGCAUUAAAAUAACAAUCUGUAAAGUGGUUUAGCAUCAGUAUGGUAAACACAUGCGGAUCUUUGUGUAACGUUUUUGUUUUUUCUUUUCACAAAGUAAUGUGGAUGUUUUGCAUCAUUCUCCAGUAUACAGGUAGAACUUAUCAUCUGCUUAUCAUCUUUUAUAACUCCACUAAUAUUGUCAGGAAGAACUUGGUUGCAUCUUUGAUAAAGAUUUGUUUAUAUGAAA